AUGGCGAGGAACGACAAACUCUUUAAUGGUAAAGUCAUAUCCCCGAUUGACACUCUCCAACACGCAUCCCUUGAGGCAGAAUGUUGGAGGAAAACUAAUGAAAAUGAGGAAGAAAACGAAGAUCACAGCGAUCUUCCUACUACAGAGGACUCUCCAGUGGCUCCUUGGAUACCCCAAAUCCCUACAUGUCAAAUUGAUGCGUCAUGGAUCAGUAAUGGCAACGUCAGUGGCCUAGGGUGGAGUCUUAAGGAUCAAAUGGGCUCUGAGUACUUUGGACUGCGGGCAUGCAGUAGGAGCCUCUCAGCUCUGCAUGCUGAGAUGGAAGGUUUACUUUAG